AUGAAUCUAGGCUGUGAAUCGAACCGCGGUGUGCAGCAAGUGUGCUUGGUGUAUGACCUGGUAAAAAUGUGUUUACCGAUUUUGAAUUGGAGAAGGAGUCUGCUUGCAUGUCGGACGGUUCUAGCAGUUGCGUUGCUGUGCAGCACGGUCGGAAUUCUCUACUGCGACCCAAAUAUCUGGUCGAGAUCGGAUAAUAAUAAAAUGAUGAACAAUCACAAUAAUCACGAAGUGACAAAUCGAGAAACAACGUCGAACAUCGCGCAUCCGUUAAACAUUAUCAGUCAGGAACUUGUAACACCGUCGACAAAUAACCAGACAAUGGAUAUAUCUUACUGUCACCAGAAGUCGUGCAAGAUUAUCGAGUGUUCCAUACCAGCGCAACUCGAUCCAGGAGAAAUAACGAGAAAAUACAUCGAAAGUAAAUACAAGAAUUCAUGCGGCUUGAAUGACGGUGCGAGUUUAGUGUUUGAAAAGUCGACAUUUCCUGAUAACAAACUUCAAAAAAAUUGGCUGAAAACGAAAUUGGCAAUCAACAAGUUAACUUUCAUCAAUUGUUCCCUAACUACAUUGGACGAGGAAGCGUUCGCUUCGCAAAUAUUUCAGAAAACAACGAAGCUUCAUCUUUGGAACAAUAAAAUAUCUGUUUUGAGAAAAGCCACUUUUAAUCACUUGCCAAAUCUGCAAGAAUUCUUUAUCGAAGGAAACAAAUUAAUCGAAGCCGAGAGGAAUUUAUUAAAUGGCGUUGCUAAUAGCUUGGAAAGUCUUUCGCUGCAAGGUGUUGUCGGAAACAACGCGGUUCUUCGGAACAUCACGGGAGCGAAUGUUUUGUCGAAAGUAACAAUUUUGUCCUUGAGGUUCAAUAAUAUUCCGACUGUCGAAUCGUCGCUCUUUUUCGGUGUGCCAUACGUGAACUCGCUCUAUUUAUCCAACUCGCAUGUAAUGACUGUUUGCGCAAACGCAUUCGAGCCGAUGUCCAAAACCGUGCUGCAAAUAACAUUGGACAAUAACAAUAUCGCGUCCUUGCCGAAAGGUCUGUUUAAUUCUAUAAUUCGACACCAUCCCAAGUUUGGUCUGACAAUUCACGACAAUCCGUGGCACUGCGACUGCGAUCUCAAGUGGCUGCAAGAUAUGAUAACGAGAUAUCCGGACGUAAUAAUUUCCAAGACAAUGGCAAUUUGUAGUUCGCCAAAGAAGAACGCCGACAAAUCAUUCUUGUACGCCGAGUUUUGCAACGAAACGACUGAUACAACAAUUGGCGCCGAUCUCACGACGUGUGACGAAGCGGAACCGACAACAGCAAAAAGCACAUCUACAACCGAGUCAACGCAGAUAAUUCACAUCAAAUGCAAUACUGUCGAUCAAUUACUUCAAUUGAAUUAUUCGCAUCAACUGUUCGUGACGAACGAUCUCGAACUGCCGCUGCGACUCGUGGAUUUCUACGCGACGGAACUCGACAAUGGUAGCGUCAAAAUUACUCUGCCAAACACGAGAUACGUGUCUUUGAUUUGGUUUAAUAACGACGCUCGAUUAAACGUGGACAGUCUUCGACAGUCGGUACGGUGCAUCAGUAAAGUUCGAAGUCACUACGUUCUGGAUAACGUAGAGCCGCAAGCGAGCUAUACGAUUUGUUCCUCGGACAACGUAAAGUUUUCGCCAUUGAAUUGUCUGGGUCUGACCACAAGGGUCGUGUCGUCAUCCGGUUCUUGGCUGAGCAAAAUCGAUACAAAAGUUAUCAUCGCUGUCUUUGUCUCCUCCUUGAUAUUCGUGUGCCUCGUCAGCGCCGUUCUCAUGUUUAUCACGGUGCGACAACAUCCCGCGAUGCUGCGAGGCAGCAAACGAGUUGUGAUCGUGAAGCGUCGAUCUCCAAACGCUAUGAUACUGCCGAAGGGAAUUUCGAGCGAAACCAUCGAGUCCGCGAAAAAGAACACGGUAUCUACGAUCUCGCGAAACUUGAACAAAAUCGAAUACGUCAUACCCUUGCCGCCAUCAGCGCGAAAUUCGCUUCGCAGAAACUCGAGAACUUCGGAGGCGAGCGUAAAGAGCGACGGGCCGAGUUACAUCUCCGGCGUCGAACCGACAUUGUCGCAACUCAACACAUGGAGAUUGAAAAGAUCCUUGUCUGUAAUCUGCAGAAUCGAACCGCCGCCCUUGCCGCCGCAUCCGCGUCGCGACGAGCAAUCGUUGACAAUGGCCGACUCGAGCGAACACAGAUUCGACGAUGAUAUCAUUUGUAACACGUACAUCCCAUGA